CUGAAAUCUGGGUUUAUGUAAAGGAAAAUCCCAGAUUUGAGAUUUCAUCUUCUUCUUUCAAAUUCGUUUAAUCUCCAUCAACAAUGGCAGCGGCUUCCCUUUAUCAAAGAUCUUCACACAAACGUCCUUCUUCCCUGCUUACUCGCACGAACCUCCUCCUCAUUUUCUCUCUCCUCAUAAUCUUGGGUUUCUUCUUACCUUACCUGGGAAUCUCUCAAUCUCUUUUCUCAAAUACCCACUUCGCUUUUCAGUCUAAAUGGCGAAAUUACUCUCUUGAAGAAGCAGUUUCAUUUGUUGCGCGUAAUGGGACUGUGAUUGUUUGCAUUGUUAGUGAGCCUUACUUGGAUUUUUUGAACAAUUGGUUGAUUAGUGUUACCAGGCAUAAGCAUCAGGACAAGGUUUUGGUGAUUGCUGAGGAUUAUAACACUUUGUAUAGGGUUAAUCAGAGGUGGCCUGGCCAUGCUGUGCUCAUCCCCCCUGUUCUUGAAUCUAAUUCUGCCCAUAAGUUUGGUUCCUUGGGGUUCUUCAAUUUUACAGCUAGGAGGCCUCGCCACCUUCUGAACAUAUUGGAGCUUGGGUAUAAUGUUAUGUACAAUGACGUUGAUAUGGUUUGGUUGAAAGACCCAUUUGCUUAUUUAGAGGGAAAUCAUGACAUCUACUUUAUGGAUGAUGUAGCUGCGGUGAAGCCUUUGAACCAUUCCCACGCCUUACCACCACCAGGGAAAAAGGGACGGCCUUAUGUUUGUAGCUGCAUGAUUUAUCUGCGGCCCACGAGUGGUGCCAAGUUGGCUAUGAAAAAGUGGCUUGAUGAGCUUGAAGAACAGCCGUGGACCAGAGCAAAGAAAGCUAAUGACCAGCCUGCCUUUAACUGGGCGUUGAUGAAAAUAGAAAAACAGGUGGAUAUGUAUUUGCUCCCCCAAUCUGCAUUCCCAACCGGAGGUUUGUACUUUAAGAACAAGACAUGGGUCCGUGAAACCAAAGGCUCACACGCUAUAAUCCACAACAAUUACAUCUUAGGAUUUGAGAAGAAGAUUAAGCGUUUCCGUGAUUAUGGCCUUUGGCUAGUGGAUGAUUAUGCCUCAGAGUCUCCACUUGGCAAGCUAUAGAAGAUAUCAAAGGGUCUUGAACCACAUUUGCAAUUGUGAUUUGGCUGAGCUUAAGCAAUCAGCUUACUUCAGCUACUAGCUAUGAUGGCAUACGCUCAGUCAAGCAAGCUCAUCAUAUCAGGCAAGGGUCUGGUGUUUUUCUGGCUCCUGCUGCCCUUGCUUGUGCUGUAAUGCCUACAGCCACUAAAGUAUGUGCCGAUGUAGAAUUGUAGUACACCCAUAGGCCAUAGGUAGUCUUCAGAUUAGGUUGAUUAUUUUGUUAUUGAUUUCAGUGAUUACGGAAUCAAAUUUUAUACCAAAGAAUACUGAAUGAGAGUGGACUGUAACUACGGAGUAUAUACGAAGUAGAAAAUUGUAUUGUACGAAAUAUUUAUCUAUUAUUAAUUUAUUAUAAUGUGAAAAUAUUUGAUUAUUGUA